GUAGGUGGUCGGCUCUAUAAAUACACGAGGCAUAAACAAAGCUGACCACAAGCAAGUUGAAAGGUGUUGAGCGAGUUCAAGAAAAUCAUACAAAAAUCGCACAAAAUGGGUUGCAAAGGUUGCGGAGCUAACUGCAAGUGCACGGACACCAAGUGCGGCGACAACUGCGCCUGCAGUCAGGACUGCAAGUGCGUGUGCAAGAAUGGACCCAAGGAUCAGUGCUGCAAGACCAAGUAGAAAGAUUAUAUAAAACUGCAAAACAUUUCCAAUAAACGAAAGUCGGUCUCUCUAAGCCCCAAA